AUGGAUGGAACGUCCUCAGGUGAUGAGGAUGAUCGCAGACCAAAAGCAACCUUCCGAUGCGCUAACGUGUCGGCGUUACCCGCACGUAACGAAGCUGAUGUUGGUCGCGAAAGCGGGCAAAAUGCACAGAGAAAAGACUGUGCUCCUACUUCUUCUCAUUUGCUUGCUUUUGAUGAAUUUGUUAGUGGAAGCUUGUUUCGGUGGUGGUGGUGGUUGUUGUGGAAAGUAGUUGUAUCACGUACAAUGAAAUUUGAAGAAGUUGUUCUGCCCAAGAAGGUCCACAUAAACGAUUUUAACGAUGUCUUUAAGUAUGGUUAUCUUCACGGACGAGAAAAGUUCAAUUUGAAUGGCAUGGAUAUCGACAUUAUUGGAGAGAUCUGCGUAAAACGCCCAUGUUCUUCUCGUGCCGCAACUUCGGAGGCGGUUCAUUGA